AUGCAGUCGAGCAAGCAAGUUGUUGCAUAUGACGACCCUUCAAAGACCUUUUUUGGAGUUUGCUUUGUUCUUCUGGGAUUCGACCCUGUCAAAGGAGAUAAGGUCCGGUUGAAGCUCUUGGAAGGUGGAGGAAUUGAUGCUGUGAGCUAUGGUCCGAAUUGUACUCACGCGAUUGUUGAUAAGCUUACUUAUGAUGACCCAAUUUGCAUUGCUGCAAGAAGCGACGGCAAGGCAGUUGUGAAUGCCUUGUGGGUUGACCAUAGCUUUGAUGUGGGAAUGCCUGUUGAUCCCUCAUCGGUCAUGUACAGGCCUAUGAAAGAUUUGAAUGGGAUUACAGGUGCAAAAUCUUUGGUUGUCUGCUUGACUGGGUAUCAACGGCAGGACCGUGAUGAUAUCAUGAACAUGGUUGCCUUGAUGGGUGCAAGUUUUUCAAAGCCAUUGGUGGCAAACAAAGUUACUCAUCUGAUAUGCUACAAGUUUGAGGGUGAGAAGUAUGAGCUGGCCAAGAAAUUGAAGAGGAUAAAGCUAGUUAACCAUCGUUGGUUGGAAGAUUGUUUGAAGGCUUGGGAGCUUCUUCCAGAAUCUGAUUAUGAUAAAAGUGGAUACGAGUUAGAGAUGAUGGCUGAAGCUAAAGAUUCCGAAGAGGAGACAGAAGACAUGGCUACUGCAGUAGAUUUUGGAAGGAAAAUUGUUGUGGGUCCCCAAAAUACACUAGCCGAGAACAGAAGUUUUCAGCACUCACCAGCGAAGCUCGAAACUUCACAGAAUAGUUUACAACGUCCGAUUGCAUCUACAGUUCUUGAAAAUGCUGGGACCAUCAGCAAUAAGAUUCAUUCAAGUCCCAGACAAGACAUUCAUGAAGAGCAUCUCAAACUGUUGAGCCCUUUUUGUGCCAAGAGCCCUGGAAAAUUUUCCCCUAGAGUGCUGUCAAACACGCUCCACUGCACAAGCAUUUCUGAUAAGGUCGAUAAUGUCAUAGCUCCAGUGGCUGAAAUGGACAAGAAGUCACCUGAUGUUGACAUGUCCAUAUUAAGCUGCAGAAGCAAUUGCAAGUUUACUCCCAGUAAACACAGUUCCUCAGUAAGAUUGGAAAAUAUUCAACAAAUAAGUCCUCGAAAUGCAAAUAAUUUUGGUGGCAGUGAUGGUUUUCACAUUGAUUAUGGAGUUGAGACGCCUCCAAAAGAAUCUUUACCAGCCCAUGAAGAGUUCCAAACUGCAAAGACGCUGAAUAAGAGCAAAGCAACUGUUUCCAGAGGUGGUUCUAAAUCGCCAUCUCUGGAUCUCUGCAUUGAUCGAGAAGUGAAAACACCUUUAAUGGGAACCCAUGAUGCAAGCCAAACUGCAAAAUUACCCGAUAAGAGGGAAAAAUCACCAUCUCUGAAUCUCUGCAUUGAUCGUGAAGUACAAACACCUUUAAUGGGAACCCAUGAUGCGUGCCAAACUGCAAAAUCACCCGAUAAGAGGGAAAAAUCACCAUCUCUGAAUCUCUGCAUUGAUCGUGAAGUAAAAACACCUUUAAUGGGAACUUGUGAUGCAAGUCAAACUGCAAAAUCACCGCAUAAGAGUGAAAAAUCAGUCUUGAAAUCACCCAUAUUGAGCCAUGAUGCGAAGAUGGCAAUGGUAAGUGAGCUGGCUACAAACUCCCUUGAUCAUUUAAGUGGGUUAGCUUGUGAUAUUCCACAAAAAGCUGUUGCCGGCCGUUUUUCUAGAAUGGAAGCUUCUUCGGCGGCUCCUAAAGAAUCUCUAAAUACUUCCCUCAGAGGACAGAAAAAGCAGAUCAUGACAAGUUCUGAUGUGAAGGACCUUUCUUCAACUCACUGUGAUGUACAGGAUAUCGAACCUCCAGUGGCAAAACCCAACUCAGGAAUAGAAACAAUGGAUGGCCAGGAUGAUCUGAAUGGUACACUUGAAGGAAAUACGAUGCCACCACAGACGAAAGUAGUUAAAAGAAAAUUGCUAGCCAAGAAGACAUUAGGCUCCAGACGAUCAAUUGGAAAAGGGAGUAGCUCAAAGCUCAAAGGGACACUUAACCUUCAGAAAGCUAUUUUGAAUAAUGAAUCUGUAGCUCAUUCGAAGAGAGCAAUACUGAUGGAAGUCACUGAUGAUGCUACUGUGGAUGAUGAAACUAAAGCUGAAAAUGAAGAAGUUGAGGCACCACAUUUCAGGAAACAUGACAUCAACUCAGAAAAGGAAGCUUGUAGCAAAAUUCCACCGAUGGAUGAAAAUGGUACUGGAGCUGAAUUGCCUGAAGUGAAAGAUAAAAGUGAAUGUAGAGAGAAAAAAAUAUCGAAAGGCAAGAAACGUCCUUUGGUUAACUCUAAGACAAGUAAGUCAAAGGAUUCAGGAGAUGGAGUAAAAAAGGAUAAGGACGAGAAGAAGAGCGGUUCAGCAAGUGAAGAAACUGUUUUAUUAGCUGGUAAAACCAAAAAAAGGCCAUCCAAGAAGUUAAAAAGCUCAGGUAAUAUUGAGAAGGAAAAUGAUCCUGAUGCAAUCAAGCUGCAAAGUGGAAGUGAAAAGCUUCCGGAAAAGGACUUUAAAACUGUGAGUUGUGUCAAUGGGGGGAAAGGUGCAGAUAAUAAACUUGAGCAAAAAGCUGAACCUGCAUGGUUUAUACUGAGUGGGCAUAGGCUACAAAGAAAGGAUUUUCAGCAGUUAAUAAGGCGAUUGAAAGGAAGAGUUUGCAGAGAUUCUCAUAAUUGGUCAUACCAGGCAACACAUUUCGUUGUUCCAGAUCCUGUGAAAAGAACUGAAAAGUUUUUUGCAGCUGCAGCUUCUGGAAGAUGGAUUCUGAAGACUGAUUACUUAACAGCUUGCAAUGAGGCUGGAAGAUUUUUACCGGAAGAGCCAUAUGAAUGGCACAAGAAAUGCUUGACCGAAGAUGGUGCAAUCAACUUAGAGGCACCAAGAAAAUGGCGUCUCUUGAAAGAGAAAACAGGACAUGGCGCAUUUUACGGAAUGCAAAUAGUCAUAUAUGGAGAAUGUAUUGCCCCUCCUCUGGAUACUUUGAAACGUGUCAUCAAGGCUGGGGACGGGACCAUUUUAGCAACCUCACCCCCUUACACUCGCUUUCUCCAAUCGGGAAUCGAUUUCGCCAUCGUCAGCCCGGGAAUGCCACGUGUCGACAUGUGGGUUCAGGAGUUUCUAAACCACGAGGUGCCAUGUGUUGUAGCUGAUUAUUUGGUCGAGUAUGUGUGCAAGCCCGGGUACCCACUCGAGAAGCACGUGCAGUACAACACGCAUUCGUGGGCCAAAAAAUCGCUCGAGAAUCUGACGAGGAGAUUGGAUGAGGUCGUUGAGGAUGAUGUAAGAACUCCUCCAAAUCUUUGCAUUGAUGACGUGGCGUGCAGGGAAUGUGGGUCCCGCGAUCGAGCAGAAGAGAUGCUCAUUUGUGGCGAUGAGAGUGGAAGUUUAGGGUGUGGAGUUGGCGUUCAUUUGGAUUGCCUCGACCCUCCGCUUUGCAGUGUACCGGAAGAAGAUUGGUUCUGCACUGAAUGCGCACCUAAGACUAAGAGAGGGAGCUCUAGGAAGAAGGCUUUGGCGGAGCCAGGAUUAAAAUCUACGUAUGGCGAAAGAGAGUCGGCGAGCGGCGAGCGGAUGGAGCAGUACUGUCGGCGGGCGUCGGCGUCGGCGAGAGCGGUUCAAGAGAAAGAGAGUCGAGAAAAUUCAGAUCGAUCGAUAAAGUGGAGGAUCAUGCAGAAAUGUGGGUCGCAGAAGGUUAAGAAGGCGAAGCAAUUGGGAAUUAGGAUUAUGGCCAAAAGUUGA